AUGUGUGAACAAGAAGAAGAAACAUUGGACCAUCUUUUCCUCAAAUGUCCUUUUGCUAGAGCUUUAUGGUUUGGCUCACCAAGGAACUUUCGUUCUGAUGCUAUCCCAUCUAUCCGGCAAUGGUUGAUAAACACUCUUGAGAAAUAUAAAGCAGGUAAUGGACAGGAAGAUAAUGUUCUUACAGAUUUUAGUGCCACUCUUUGGGUGAUUUGGAUUUAUAGAAAUAAGGUUAUGUUUGAAAAUGAAACUGUUGAUGUCCAACAAGCCAUCUUAAGCACCAGUUACUUCAUGAUAGAAUGGAGAAUAGAGUUAGAUGAAUAUAUCCAAACUGGUUCAACAACUACUGAAACUGCUGGAAACCAGUCUACAUGCCGAUCUCAGAAUUGGCAAGCAAUAAUUAUAGUUGAUAUAAAAAAGUGUUCGCGCGAAGCUAAUUGGAAUGGAGGUGCCUUUGUGAUCAAAAAUCGUUUAGGCCAGUCCAUUCGUAAAGGUUGUUAUUCCUGGCAUUCCAGCAAUGAUGAAACAACCUACUAUCCACAAUUAGAGAAGCUUUGUAUAAGGCAUGGAAACAAGGUUUCAGGGAGGUAA